AUGUGGUGGCUGCCACUUGUCGUCGUUCUGCCUUUGGCAUCAUCCAGUUGCCCGUUUGGUUUCGUCUAUCAGGAGCAGUUCAACAGAUGCUACAAGUUCACCAAGACCCAUCAAAGCUUCUAUAUGGCCGAGGAAACCUGCCAAGAGACAAGCGCCCAUCUUGUCUCGAUUUUCAGCUCAGCCGAGAACUCUUGGCUUUCAAUGUACGCGUCGCAGCAAGGUAUAAAAGGUCCAUUCUACACGGGCCUGAAUCGACUCUCCCAAAGCGACUGGGCAUGGACCGACGGCAGUGGGCUCAGCUACUCCAGAUGGGCACCAGGAGAGCCGAACACUAGCGCUCAAUGUGCAGCUGAGAAUUCAACAGAUGCCACAUGGGUCAGUGUGUCCUGCUCUGACGCUUAUCCAUACGUAUGUGUUCAACAGUUGACGGUCCCGACGACGCCGACUUGUCCGCCACCACAGCAGCCUACGACCUGUCCAGCUUGCCCUGCUGUACCAGGACACUGCCCCUCUGAGUGGACCUAUUAUUCGAAAACCGAUGCUUGCUACAAGGCAUUCUUGGAUUCAGCUUUCGACCAAGCCGAAACCGUAUGUCAGUCAACAGGAGGACAUUUGACGUCUAUCCACAGUGAUGAAGAGACUUUAGGCUUGACACACAUGGGCAUUGAGUAUAGAACUGAGAAGCACCUGACAUGGAUUGGUUUGAGAAAGCCCAGCUUCCCAGCUAAUAGCACGUGGGUAUGGACCGAUGGAUCUGUGGUUGACUAUCUUCUGUGGGCUCCUGGGAAACCACAAGACAUCACUGCAUUAACACUUACUCGCUACAGAUCUGACAAAAGACCGGAUUUUUCGAAACGUUGA